UCCCUAUUCCCUCUCCCUCCCCCUCAACUUCAUUUUCACCGCCUUUCUCUUCAACUCUCUUCCUUAUUCUUUCUUCCCCCUCGCUACUCAGCCCCGCCUGGGCCACCCUCCUUCCUCUUCACUUUUUCUUUUUCUUCUCCUCUUCUCUCUUUCUUUUUUCUUUCUCUUCUCCUCUUUUCAGUUUGUUUCUUCCGCAGUCGUUGACCCACCACUGCCGUCAACCAUUUGUCACCUCAGCCGGCUUCCUUCCUCUUCUCUUUUUCUUUUUCUUCUCUUCUCUUUUUCUUUACUCUUUCUCUUCUCCUCUUCUUCUCUUCUCUCUUUCUUUCCAUCGCUGCCGUCUCUCUGCCGCCCCAGGCUGUGCUAUGGCGGCCCACAUCUUCAAGAAAAUCCGCCCGGCCGGCGCCACCGCCGUCCUCCGCCGCACUAAAACCACCUCAGCCCAAUAUGUGGACUCAAGAUUCCGGGACCCUACAUUCGAAAAGUUGAUGGAGAAAUACAAAAAUCUGCUAAAAGUCAUAUCCAUACAAGACCUCAUCCUCGCCUCAAACUCCACUCCACCUUCCGUCUCCCUCGACUUUCUCCACCGCGUCUCCCAGAGGCUCCACCUGAACCGCGGCCCCGCCACCUUCCUCCGCAAGUAUCCCCACAUAUUCCACAUUUUCAAUCACCCCGUCAAGCUCCAACCCUUCUGCACCCUCACCCCGGCCGCCCUCAAAAUCGUCCGCCAAGAAUCCAUGGCUAUAGAUAACUCGCUGCCACUUGUAGUAACCCGAUUGGUCAAGCUUCUAUCGAUGUCCGUCUCCAAGAAGUUGCCGCUUCGAGCCAUUUUCAAGGUCUGGAGAGAAUUGGGGCUGCCAGAUAACUUCGAGGACUAUGUUAUUUCAAGCAAUUCUGACAUUUUCUUGCUUCAAGAUGGAAAUGAACCCAAUACUCAUUUUUUGGUGCUCAAUGAUGGUGAAGCAUUUAAGGAUUGUUUGAUUCCUGCUGUUGAGAAUUGGAGGAUCGUGGAGUGUUGUAAGGAGGAUUGCAGUGUGGAUAGGACCGACCUAAGGAAUAGCUUUAAGCAGGGGUUUCCACCGGGGAUGCGAGUAAAGAAGAAUUUCAAGGCGAAAGUUAAGGAAUGGCAGAGAUUGCCAUAUGUUGGACCGUAUGAGGAGCUGGGGGUGGAGGAAAUGAGGAGGACUAAGAGUAGGAUGAUGAGAAUGGAGAAAAGGGCAGUUGGGAUUGUCCAUGAGUUUUUGAGCUUGACUGUGGAGAAGAUGGUGGAGGUGGAGAAGAUUAGUCAUUUUAGGAAGUGGUUUGGAAUUGAUUUGAAUGUGAGGGAUUUGUUCUUGGACCAUCCAGGGAUGUUUUAUCUGUCAACCAAAGGAAAGAAGCACACAGUGUUUUUGAGGGAGGCAUAUGAGAGAGGAUGCUUGAUCGAGUCAAAUCCGAUUUAUGAGGCUCGGAGGAAGCUUCUUGAUCUUGUUCUUCUGGGCUGUCGUGGGUUGGGAAGAGGUGAUGAUAACUCCAAUAGUGUGGAUCAGAGUGAAGAAAAUGAAGUGGAAGAGAUGUACAAAGAUUGAAGUGUAUUGUCGGGUUAAACUCUUCCUCACUGUGGCGUUGCAAAGUUGGGAGGUAGAAUUAAGUUGAGGUUCGCUGAUCUUAGCUGGAAAGUACAUUAUGCACAAUGCAACAUGUAUUGGAAUGAAUGCUUCUGGUGUUGUUUGCUGGUUAUGAAUCAUCCGUAGCUUAAACAUUCAAGUGGAGAGUUCACACAAGGUAUUUGUGACAGCACAACAGUUUACUGUUCUAUCAGUCACGUCUUUGAAGUUUGGAGCUAUGAGAAUGAAUGCCAAGCAAGAAGCAAGAAUGGGAGAAACAAGCAGUGAGCCAAAAUUACCUUGUCGAUUCAUGCCGGAAAAUUUUAUCACUGAUCAAUCAUGCAACUUUUAAAUACUAUCAGUGAUUGAUUAGUUUAAAAUAGACAUGCCGUCUUCAAUUUAUAGGGCGCGUAUAUUUGGCCGGAUCCAGAGCUGUCCUGAUUCCACAUGGAACCUGUUCCGUCCUGGUUGUAGUUGGACCUGAAACCUGUCCCGUCCCACCUCAAACUCAUUCUUGCCCCGCUACUAUUGUCCCACCGCAAACUCAUUCUCGUCCCGCUACUAUUCCGGGCUCCUCCGCAGGACACAUGAUAUCUAAUUGUGUUGAAUUUUAUGAAGACAUUGCUGCGCCCUCUCCAGUACUGCAUCAGUCCUGCGCCUCCUCCUCUUCAUCAUUCCACCGCCGCUACCGUCGCUGUUCCUCUUCAGCUUCCUGCUCGAUGAAGACUCUGUUCAUUCAAUA